CAAUGAAAAUCGCGGUAGAAGGCUGUGCUCAUGGCGAGCUGGAAAAAAUAUACGAAACAAUCGCUGAAAUUGAAAAAAGAGAUGGUAUAAAAAUAGAUUUGCUACUAUGUUGUGGCGAUUUCCAAGCUACCCGUAAUAUGGAAGACCUGCAAACGAUGGCUGUACCACCUAAAUUUCAGCAUAUGUCCACAUUUUACAAAUACUACAGUGGGGAAUUACGCGCGCCAAUGCUAACCAUUUUCAUUGGGGGAAAUCACGAGGCCUCAAAUUAUUUACAAGAAUUACCAUAUGGAGGUUGGGUGGCUCCUAAUAUAUACUAUUUGGGAUAUGCUGGGGUGGUACGUGUAAAUGGCAUACGUAUUGGUGGUUUAUCUGGUAUAUAUAAGGGCAACGAUUUCCUGCGGGGACGCUUUGAAUUUUCUCCCUACACAGACAACACAAAACGAAGUGUCUAUCAUGUGAGACAGUUAGAAGUGUACCGUCUGAAACAACUGUCGGGAAAAAUAGAUAUUUUCAUGUCGCAUGAUUGGCCUAAAGGUAUAUACAAUUAUGGCAAUAAGGAACAACUGGCCCGAUUUAAACCUUUCCUGCGGGAGGAGAUGGAUAGGGAUCAAUUAGGUAGUAGACCGUGCCAGGACUUGUUAAAUCUACUCAGACCUUCAUAUUGGUUUUCGGCACAUUUGCAUUGUAAAUUCGCCGCUUUAGUGCAGCACCACGAACCAGCCGAAAAAGAACAAACAGAACAACAUUUAUCAUAUCCACAAAACGAUCGUCAAAAAUCUAAAAUAACAAAAUUUCUGGCGCUAGAUAAGUGCCUACCGAAGCGCAGGUUUUUACAAAUUCUCGACAUCGAUUCGGAAAACCACACCGACGAUGAAGGCCAUUUGCGUUUAGAAUACGAUCUGGAGUGGUUAACAAUAUUGCACCUAACAAAUCAUUUAGUAAAUGUUAAGGAAAAUUAUUAUUAUCUGCCCAACGAGAAAAGUUCAAAUGGCGAACGAUAUCAAUUUACGCCUUCUAUUGAUGAAAUGAACUUCAUUAGACAACGCUUCGAAAAUGACUUGAAAAUUCCAGAAAAUUUCUGUCGUACUGUAGAAGCAUUUGAUCCAAGCUUCCAUUUAACCAAAGGGCAUCAUUAUAAACAGCCGAAGUCGCAAAUAAACCCUCAGUCACAACAAUUUUGUGAUACAUUAGGAAUUGAUGAUCCUCUUAGCUUAGCUAUGCUGAUUGGUGGUCAUGAGUUAAGUCAUUCGAGUACACUGGAUAAUACCGAGGAUUCGGCCCUAAAUGAAUCCAUUCCUGAUGAACUUAAUUCUAGUCUUAAUACGUCGUCCAACUCAUUGGGCAUGUCAUCAGCAAGAAGUCCGUUUAAACGUAAAAGCAAUAGUGGAUUGUCGCUACCUAAGCCAAAAAUGACAGGCAACGAUUCUCUUGAAAAUAAAGAAGAAUUGAACAUAGAUGACGAAACCGAAAAAGAGGGUACUACAAUGGAUGAAAAUAUCGAAUGUGAGGGUGUUGUUGAUCAGCAUACUGAUAUGGGUUCAGUCAAUGAAACGACCGCUAGUGAAACACAAUCUAUUUCAGCAAAACCUCCGAUUAAAAAAUUCAAAAGACGUAAUCAGGACAUUUAUGUGGAUAAGAACGACGACGAGGAAUCAUAA